GAGAUCCUACUUUACAGUAGGAUCUCUAACUUGACAUAUCGUUCUACGAUGGACUUUAUUUUCGAUUCUUCUCAUCCCCGUGCUUAGGGGAAAUCAACGUUACUUGUUUGAAGCCAAUUUACGUAGGACUCGUGCGGAUUAGUAUUUAUUUUCAUUAUGUUGUCUGCUGCAUUUCGAUCUGCCUGCAAACCACAUCGACUAACAAUUCGCUGGUUGUGUGCUACCGGUGAAGCCGGUACCAUCAAAGAUGUGGGCAGCGCACACAAAUCACAAAUCAGCAAAGCAAUGAAGGCAUAUUUGGAAAGAGCCAAGGAAUAUGAACGUUGCUUGAAAGUGGCACAGAUCGAAUAUAAGCUAGGCAAACGCCACUUGGCUAAUAUGAUGGGGGUUGAUGUGGACAAUUUUACCAAGCAGGACAUAGACCUUGCCAUUCAGUAUUUAUUUCCUUCUGCUCUGUACGAUCCGGGCGCUCGACCAACUUUGAAACCACCGGAAGAAUUCAUCCCAAAAACGAAGGGAGCAGAGUUUGACGAAACAGGUCGUCCAUUCCACUCGUUUUUCUACACAGGACGACCAAACUUCUUCCAGCUUCUUCAUGAUAUUGGCGAAAACAUAAACAAGUUGAAUGCAAUGGAAGACAUUACAAAAGAAAAAGGAAACUCAAAGGUUUUGACUGAUAGAAAACUCAAUAUCAAUGGAUCCGAAUGGCUUUCCAAGGAACUGCUAGAAAAGAAGAUAGUCGAAACUAUUACAGAUACUGAAUAUGAUAAUUACGUGAACGCAAUGAAUCGUCUUGUUUCUCAUCCAUUAUCGGAGCAUGCAAAAAGCUUUGUUUUUCAGUACAGAAAGCCAUUGAUAUCGAAGAUUGAAAACGACACAAUUGCUGCCCCCCAAGAGGAUUCGGAUGGUCGUCAAUUUGUAACCAUAUACGAGUGCCUGCGGAAAACGGCUCGCGGUGAUGUAACGAUGAAAUUUCCUGGCUCCGGAAGUGUAGAGAUUAACGGACAUGACUUACGCAACAUGGGUUGUACGCAGCAUCGGGAACAAAUUCUCUUUCCAUUACUGUUCACGAAAAUGGCCGGCAAGGUUGAUGUCCAAGCUAACGUUAUUGGCGGAGGUCCUUCGUCGCAGGCCGGCGCUGUACGAUGGGGCAUCGCGAUGGCCCUUCGUAGUUUUGUGGAUGCUGAACAGAUUUCUCGCAUGCGCAUAGCUGGUUUACUGUCUCGCGAUUAUCGUCGAAGAGAGCGCAAGAAACCUGGACAAGCCGGAGCUCGCCGAAAAUACACGUGGAAAAAGCGCUAAAAAUGUAUCAAAGAAGCUUUACGUUUGCUUAAAAAGAUGUUUUUUUCCAAUAGUACCCAACAUUUUCUAAUGUAUGUAUGCAAUAUAAAAACACAGAUAAUGCAACUACUUAUGACUCUAGUUUCAAAUGUUCGAACACAAUGAUCUGAAAUUA